GGGCACACACAUCUUGUGCGUUUUGUGUUAUAAAAUAAUGCGCACACGCGCGCACGGACACACAUAACUAUAUAACUUAGUCGUGGAAGUAGUGGGAUCAUCGAAGCAGCUAUAUGGUAUAAGAGAAAGAGAGAGAGGAAAGAAAACAAACGGCGCGCAUCUUAACGGCGGCACAGCAGCAGAUAUUUCAUGCACCAGCGCCGAAGACGUAACGCGCGCAUAUAAUAUAACAGAGACUCGUCGGACACCGUCCAGUGGAUAGUGUCUCGCGCGUAUUUUUUUUUUUUUUUAAUCACACACGCGUUCGUCUGUUUAUAGUAAUUUGUUGUGGUAAUGCGAGCGUGAGUGAGUUAGUGAUUGUUUAUCGUUGAUAAUUUUUUCAUUCAUUGAUAAGCAGGGCGUGUAUUGUAUCAAGAUUAUAUUAAUUCAUCAACGAUUGAAAGUAGCGGCCACAGAAACAUUUUUCUCGCCGUCGUUCCGUAGACCAUGACGAAGGAAAAAGAAGAACAGCAAAAGCAGGAGAUGCAGAAGAAGCAGCAGCAGCAGUCACCAGAAGCACCAGCAACUGUAGCUCAGGCGUCCGAGCAGCAGCAGCAGCUGAGCGACGAUGAGCACGAUCCUCAUCAUCACCAUCAUCAUCAUCGUCACAAUUUAAAAUCGCAACCGAGCCCACUCGCGAUCGCCGCGAGCGUAUUGACGCAUUUGCUAUUGUUGCUGCCGGUUUUGUACAUCGUGGGAUUGGCUUUCGAAAGCUACAGCUUCUUUUCAUGGCAUCCGAUAUGCAUGUCCCUCGGCGCCGGCCUCGUUAUCAUGGAAGCCGUCUACUCCAUAUCCGGCGUGGCGUUAAUAUCGAAGAACUUCGGGCGUACGCUGCGAGUCCGACUGCACUGGAUGCUGCAUCUGCUCGGGAUAUCGCUCCUCGUGGCUGGCCUGGUGAUCGUCAUCCUGAGCAAGAACGACGAGGGUCGGGAUCACUUCGUCACGACGCACGGCCAGCUGGGCCUCUCGACCAUCGUGAUCACCUGCGCGGUGGCCUGCUUCGGUAUGCUGGCCAACAACGCCAAGUGGUUCUAUCCGCGGGUGCGGCCGGUUCUCCUCAAGGUCGUGCACUCGUACGCCGGCAUCGGACUCACGGUGCUGCUGCUGGCCACCGUGAUCAACGGCACUUACAACAGGUGGUGGACCAAUAUCGGCGCGGGCGAGACCGGGCGCGAUCUCGUGUUCGCCUCGCUGUUCUUCGCCGGACUGCUGGUGCUGUUCAAGCCGAUAAUCGGCGCAGCGGCGAGGACUCGAGUACUCAUGAAGCCGAGGCCUGCUGCCAAUAAGGUGGUGGCGCCGGUCAAAGAUACCGCCGAUAGUACUUGAUUCGUGUGCCGCGAUGUUAUUCGAUUUUUAUUUUUUUUUCAUUCAUUCCAAGGUGCUGUUUUUUCGAAGAAUUUACAACGACACAUUCAAGAAACCACGAGUUGUAGUUUUUUUUUUUUUUUCAGGUAUAAUUCAUUUUUCGUUACACUAACACGAGAAAAGAAAAACGUUCGAAGCUGUGCUACAUACACGUAGAGAGAUUAAAAAAAAGAAGACGCGAACUGAAUAAAUAGAGCGUUUUUAUAUCGAAUUUAAGUCCUAACUCGUCGUCCUAUUAGUGGAGGCGAGAUGAUCAAAUAUCCAAAGAUGAUUAUCAAUUGAGCAGUAUAGAUACCAAUAAAAUAAUUAUAUAUAGUUGCUGGAAUAAUUGUAAUAACGACCGUUAAAAGACAAGUAUGUACCGUUUACGAUUUAAAACUUUAUUGAACCUGAUAUAAAUGCUCGGCAUUGAUGAUUGCCCUGAAAAUUACCAUUUAAGAUGUUUUUAAAUACAUUAUCAUUGAUUAGGUUGUUUAUGGUGAUUUUUUUGUUGUUGCGAUUAUAUUAUCAUUAUUAAGAAGACUGUUAAUGCCAUGAAAAUCAUAAUUUAACGUAAAUGCGAUAAUUUCACUUUUUGUCUUCAACACUAGGUGGCAAGUACCUUUCCCUGUAAAUCUGCAAGUAGUAAAGGCAAAAUAAUUGUAUAAGUCAAAGCAAGCUUUUGAAAAAUUAAAUGUUUCAUUAAUUCUUCAUCAAGAACCUUUUUUAAUGGUCUAAAACUAGCCAUUAAAUGUUGAGCAUUUCUACCAGGCACAAUGGCCAUUCUUUUGGA